GAGCCUUCUGGUGUUAUGGCGCUGGCUCCGCCCCUUCCUCCGCCCCUGAGGGCGGGGCCAAGCGGCUCAGGACCUUCGGAGCCUUGGAAAACUGGCGCGGAGCACGGGUGGGAGGGAAAGCCGGGCAAAUCUCGUGUCUCAUGGACCGCCAGCGACUGGCUGGAAGGCCUGGACUCCAGCUCCGCUUUUGCAGGAUGCCAGGCCUUGUUUUCCCUCGCGCUCUGGGAAGGGCGGGAGCCUCAUCCAGCUCGGUGCGAGAUAUUCAAAGAGCACUGUAGGAAGAGCACAUUCCACAAAACAUAUCCUCCCUUACACAGCACUGCCAUAUAUGCGGAUGAAGACGAACUCUCCAAGCACUGUGGGUCCUCCAUCCCUUCAACUCCUCAAGGAAAAGAAGCGAAAAGAAGUUUGAACACUCCUGAAAUUGAAGCAAGUGAAAACGAGUCUGUAAUAAUUAGUGCAAAAAAGUCAGGAAGAAAACUCAAGCCCAUUAGUGAUGAAUCUGAAAGCAGUGAAGAAAGUGACGUAAGAAGAAAAGUUGAACUAGCAGAGAAAACCAGUACAGAGCAACGUGAAGCUGCUCCAGCUACAGCAUCUUCAGAACUUUCAGAGAAACCAGUGGAAUUGGUCACUCCUAGGAAGAUAGGACCCCUUAGUGCCGAGUCCACUGUUGAAAAAGAGACCCUGGCAACAGAAAGUCAACGGAAAACUCAGAGAAAGGAGGUGUUUCAUGGCAAAAGGAAGAAAUCAAGAAGUGAAGCCGGAGACUCAGAUAUUUCCGAAUGUGGACACAUUUGGUGUCUAAAAGGAAAGAAAACCAGUGACAUCAUGGAGUUAGAUGUUGUUUUGUCUGCAUUUGAGAAAACCCUCCUAGAGUAUAAACAAAAAAUAGGACCUAAAAUUUGUAAGGAAACCAUCAACAAAUUUCAUUCUCAUAUGAAAGAAGAACUCAUCAAACUGCUUAAAGAAGUCCAGAUGUUGAAGACUCUGAAAAGGAAGAACGCUAAGGUGAUUUCAGAUAUUGAAAAGAAAAGGCAGCGUUUGAUUGAAGUCCAGGAUGAGCUGCUCCGGUUAGAACCACAGCUGAAACAACUACAAAUAAAAUAUGAUGAACUUAAGGAGAGAAAAUCUUCGCUGAGGAAUGCAGAAUAUUUCUUAUCUAAUUUAAAACAGCUUCAUCAAGAUUAUUCCAAUAUUCGACAGAAAGAACCGAAUGUAAAGGAAACGUAUGAUUCAUCCAGCCUUCCAGCCCUGUUAUUCAAAGCAAGAACCCUUUUGGGAGCUGAAAACCACCUGCAAAAUAUCAACCGUCAAUUAGAGAAGCUGCUUGACUAGGAAUGAGGCCAGUCUACGAAAAUGCACCUUCAUAAAGAUCGGCCUCAUGCUACUAUCUGUUGCCUUCUGAAACUAUACUUUUAUAAAUAUUCUUUUUGAAAAAUUAAAAGGGAAGAUAUAUGUUUUUACUUCAUUUUUCCACCAAGAAGAUUGGGAGGAAAACCCCAAACUUUAUUACUGUUAAUUUGAGUUGAGCAUUUUUUUUUUAAUAUCUGAGAAUGUUGCCAUAACAAUAAAAAGUAAACUUGUCUAAUGGUU